CCGCAGCGUGGCUCUGCCGCCCCGGCACUUUCGGAGGUUUUCCGCGGGGCGCGGCGGCUCCCCGGCCCUGGGGGCUGAGCCGGCCGUGCGGCGGGCGAGCCGGAGAGCGCCCGGGCUUGGCGGAGGCUCGCGCGGAAGCGAGAACUUACUCAACAAGUUUACCCCUUGCUUUCCGCUUUUCGAUGUGCGUUUUCGGACAUGCGGAGGUUACUGGAACCGUGUUGGUGGAUUUUGUUCCUGAAAAUCACCAGUUCUGUGCUCCAUUAUGUCGUGUGCUUCCCGGCCUUGACUGAAGGCUACGCGGGCGCCCCGCAGGACGGCAGGCGCGGCAGCUCGGUGCAGAUCCGCAGGCGCAAAGCUUCCGGAGACCCGUACUGGGCCUACUCAGGUGACUAUGGCCCCGAGCACUGGGUCACAUCCAGCGUCAGCUGCGGAGGCCGCCACCAGUCGCCCAUAGACAUCUUAGACCACCAUGCUCGCGUCGGGGAAGAAUACCAGGAGCUGAAGCUAGAAGGCUUUAACGUUGAGUCCUCUAACAAAACCUGGAUGAAGAACACGGGGAAGACAGUUGCCAUCCUUCUGAAAGAUGACUAUUUCGUCAGUGGUGCUGGCCUGCCUGGCAGAUUCAAGGCGGAGAAGGUGGAAUUUCACUGGGGCCACAGCAAUGGCUCUGCCGGCUCAGAACACAGUGUCAACGGCAGGCGGUUCCCGGUGGAGAUGCAGAUUUUCUUUUACAAUCCAGAUGACUUUGACAGCUUUCAAACUGCAAUUUCUGAGAACAGAAUAAUCGGAGCCAUGGCCAUAUUUUUUCAAGUCAGUCCGAGGGACAACUCUGCACUGGAUCCUAUUAUCCAUGGGCUGAAGGGCGUCGUCCAUCAUGAGAAGGAGACCUUCUUGGACCCUUUCAUCCUCCAGGACCUCCUGCCUGCAUCCCUGGGCAGCUACUACCGGUACACAGGUUCUCUGACCACCCCUCCGUGCAGUGAGAUCGUGGAGUGGAUCGUCUUCCGGAAGCCCGUGCCCAUCUCCUACCACCAGCUCGAGGCUUUUUAUUCCAUCUUCACCACGGAGCAGCAGGACCACGUCAAGUCGGUGGAGUAUCUGAGAAAUAACUUCCGACCACAGCAGGCUCUGAACGGCAGGGUGGUGUCCAAGUCCGCCGUGCAUGACGCCUGGAACCAUGACAUGGCAGACUUCCUAGAAAACCCACUGGGGACAGAGGCCUCGAAAGGUGGGAGAUUGGGCCUGCACAGGGACCCUACAGCAGCCAUGCACCGCUACAGCUGGGUGGUGCGGCUAGAGCGGACAGCCAGCGGCUGCCGGGCUCUGGAAGACACACUGAAGUCCACGGCCUGCUCUGCCUCCCACGCUUGCUGCCUCAUCUGUCUAACUGAGCUGCUCUCUCUCUCCACAGCAGAAAAGAACACCUCUGGGAUGAUAAGCCGCGUCUCUCCAGGGAGGAUGGAGUGGAUCAUCCCUCUGAUCGUGGUCUCAGCCUUGACCGUCGUGUGCCUCAUCCUUCUCAUCGCCGUGCUAGUGUACUGGAGAAAAUGUUUUCAGACAGCUCAUUUCUAUGUGGAAGACAGCAGUUCACCUCGGGUGGUCCCCAAUGAAAGUAUUCCUAUUAUUCCUAUUCCAGAUGACAUGGAAGCCAUUCCUGUCAAGCAGUUUGUUAAACACAUUGGUGAACUAUACUCUAAUAAUCAGCAUGGAUUCUCUGAGGAUUUUGAGGAGGUGCAGCGCUGUACAGCUGAUAUGAACAUCACCGCAGAACAUUCCAAUCAUCCAGAUAACAAGCACAAAAACAGAUACAUCAACAUUUUAGCAUAUGAUCACAGUAGGGUGAAGUUAAGACCUUUACCAGGAAAAGACUCUAAGCACAGCGACUACAUUAAUGCAAACUAUGUUGAUGGUUACAACAGAGCAAAAGCCUACAUUGCCACCCAGGGACCUUUAAAGUCUACAUUUGAAGAUUUCUGGAGAAUGAUUUGGGAACAAAAUACAGGAAUCAUUAUCAUGAUUACAAACCUUGUGGAGAAAGGAAGACGAAAAUGUGAUCAGUACUGGCCAACAGAGAAUAGUGAGGAAUAUGGAAACAUUAUUGUCACACUGAAGAGCACAAAAGUACACGCCUGCUAUACUGUUCGUCAUUUUGCAGUCAGAAAUACGAAAGUGAAAAAGGGCCAAAAGGGAAAUCCUAAGGGCCGUCAGAAUGAAAGAAUAGUGAUCCAGUACCACUACACACAGUGGCCUGACAUGGGAGUUCCUGAGUAUGCCCUCCCAGUCCUGACCUUUGUGAGGAGAUCCUCAGCCGCCAGGACGCCAGACAUGGGCCCUGUACUGGUACACUGCAGCGCUGGUGUGGGCAGGACAGGCACUUACAUUGUCAUAGACAGCAUGCUACAACAGAUAAAAGACAAAAGCACAGUUAACGUCCUGGGAUUCCUGAAGCAUAUCAGGACACAGCGCAACUACCUCGUCCAGACUGAGGAGCAGUACAUUUUCAUCCAUGAUGCCUUGUUGGAGGCCAUUCUUGGGAAUGAAACUGAAGUAUCUUCAAGUCAGCUGCACAGCUACGUUAACAGCAUCCUCAUACCUGGAGUAGGAGGAAAGACACGACUGGAGAAACAAUUCAAGCUUGUCACACAGUGUAACGCAAAGUACGUGGAAUGCUUCAGUGCUCAGAAGGAAUGUAACAAAGAAAAGAACAGAAACUCUUCAGUCGUCCCAUCUGAGCGAGCUCGAGUGGGUCUUGCACCUUUGCCCGGAAUGAAAGGAACAGAUUACAUUAAUGCUUCUUACAUCAUGGGGUAUUACAGGAGCAAUGAAUUUAUUAUAACCCAGCAUCCGCUGCCGCAUACUACGAAAGACUUCUGGCGAAUGAUUUGGGAUCAUAACGCACAGAUCAUUGUCAUGCUGCCAGACAACCAGAGCUUGGCAGAAGAUGAGUUUGUCUACUGGCCAAGUCGAGAAGAAUCCAUGAACUGUGAGGCUUUUACUGUCACCCUUAUCAGCAAAGACAGACUAUGCCUCUCUAACGAAGAACAAAUUAUCAUCCAUGACUUUAUCCUUGAGGCAACACAGGAUGACUAUGUCCUAGAAGUUCGGCACUUUCAGUGUCCCAAAUGGCCUAACCCAGAUGCCCCCAUAAGCAGCACCUUUGAACUCAUCAAUGUCAUCAAGGAAGAGGCCUUGACACGGGAUGGCCCCACCAUUGUUCAUGAUGAGUAUGGAGCAGUUUCAGCAGGAAUGUUAUGUGCCCUUACCACCUUGUCGCAGCAACUGGAGAACGAAAAUGCGGUGGAUGUUUUCCAGGUUGCAAAGAUGAUCAAUCUUAUGAGACCGGGAGUUUUUACAGACAUUGAACAAUACCAGUUUGUCUAUAAAGCAAUGCUCAGCUUGGUCAGCACUAAGGAAAAUGGAAAUGGUCCCAUGGCAGUGGACAAAAAUGGUGCUGUUCUAAUUGCAGAUGAAUCAGACCCUGCAGAGAGUAUGGAGUCUCUAGUGUGACUGGAAUUCUCAACGGGAACUUCUUUGUAGACUUCUGAAGACUGAAAACUUUCUUGAGGCCUUUUUUGCCAGACUCUAGGUUAUACAAUAACCCAGUUACUUUUUUACACUGAUAAAAGUUUUGAUAUUUAUUUUUUGCCAUUUUAUGUCUUAAUGGUAUCCUACCAAGCAUUUGCUCCUCUGUUCAUUUCACACGGUGAAACACAACUUUACCUAGUUUGCACUAUAUGAUCAGUGUUACUGCCUAUAAUCUAAUUACUAAAGCAAAUCCCAGUGUGACAUUCCACGACAACACUCUUGCUACCUUUUAGUUCAGCACCUUGAAGGUCUUUGCUAGGACAGUGAGUCCUGACUUUAUUACUAUUGCUAAAGCAGUCACAUUCUCUUCCUCGCAGGCAGUGUACUUUUCCUUAGUCCUCCCCUCCCAUUUUUAGGCCCUGUUCAACACUGUACACCUCUACUUUAACAGAGUGGGGGGCAUUAUUUUCUUUUACAGAAGUGCAGGCUGUCGGGAGCUACUAAGAAGGUCUGUCAAUAUCAUGGCCUUCAAAGUUCCAUUUAUGAUGGUUAAGAGAUCCAUUAGGAAAUCUGAAGGCUUGAGUUGCUUCAUGUAAACAUCCCUUCUUAGUUACAAGUUAUACUCACAGCUUUUACAUGUGUCAAAAUAAAAAGUAACUCUGUAUUGCAGCCUUCCCAGUA